AGUGGGGUAGUGUUCUUUUCCUGAGGAGAAGCCAGCAUCACAUUGGAACUGUGACUGAGAAGUGAUUAAAAAGUUGUAUUGAAGAUGGCUUCAGUACAUCGAAUUUGCUCUAUGAGAGGGCAUCUUUACACAUUUUCUUUCAUAAGAUAUAUUCGUGGACAGUUCAUGUCACAAAGUGGAGGAAGUCAUUCAGAGACUGCAUCACAGUGGAAGUCAUUUACUUCUUGUGUGACCGGGAGGUCAACUUUAUCUCUGGAGUGUGGUAGUGUGUCGCAACUUCGCGUUUCUUCUAUCAGACGCCUUGCCAGUGUGCCUGACCUGGCGGUAACUGUAGAAACAGAAAAAAAGUCUCAAGAAGCGAACAUAUUAUUUUCCUCCUCACAGGCUCUGGUAGAGGAGAACCCUCAGCGGAGCCUCUACCGCGACAUUGUCCAUGAAUUCCCAGAUGGGAUCCAGAUGGCUUUUGCAUAUGGCUCUGGAGCAAUACAGCAGGGUAACGCCAAUGACAAGUCGAAAAACAUGCUAGACUUUAUCUUUGUUGUGGACAAACCUCGACGAUGGCACAGGAUCAACCUGGAGAGACAUCCGCAUCACUACUCGUUUCUGAAGCACUUUGGCCCUCGGACCAUCACCCGAAUUCAAGAAAGGUACGGAGCCGGUGCCUACUUCAACACGCUGGUUCCCAUGGCCGGACGCACCAUCAAGUACGGGGUCAUCAGCACGGCCCGCCUCGUCACCGACCUCCUGGACUGGGAGUCCCUCUACAUCAGCGGACGUCUGCACAAGCCCGUCAGUUUUGUGGUCAUCCCGAGUGACGAGAACCUUCUGACGGCGCUCACGGUGAACCUGCGUAGUGCCGUCCACGCAGCCCUGCUCCUGCUGCCAGAUAUGUUCACUGAGGAGCAGCUCUAUUUGACCAUUGCCAAGUUGUCUUAUGCCGGAGACUUCCGGAUGGCUGUGGCGGAGGAUAACAACAAAAUCACCAACAUUGUGCAGCCGAGCCUGCCUCUGUUCCGUCAGAUGUACAGCUCCUUCCUGCUGGAGGACGUCCACUCCACCUGGUGGCCGCAGGAGGGUCAGCUGGAGCAGGCCUUGACCUUCGAGUCUCGCCACCACCACCUCAAGUGUCUGCCCACCAAAGUGCUCUACGGGCUGCUCAUGCAGAAGUACCAGAUUGGUGUUUUUCCCGACCUGGAGGAGAUCAUCAAGCUGCACGCCUACGACUCGGACUGCGGCUCUCACGUGGCUCAGAGCAUCCGGCACAUCGUGAAGCGGUCCAGUGUGAGCCAGAGCCUGAAGGGAAUCCUCACAGCUGGCGUGUUGAAGUCGCUGAGGUACUCGUCCAGUAAGAUCCUCAAGAAGGUCAGAAGUAGGCGAUGAUGUCACUAACUUAGCUGACUAAUGUCAGGCAGUGCGCGUGUCCAGGAGCGCGGUAUGACAGACAUACAUAUAUAUCUGUAUGAUGACGUAAGUGACCUAUGACAGGAGUGACUGCCACGUGUGUCCGUGCGUUGUCGUCAUCGCUGUGUGUGUGUGUGUGUGUGUGUGUCAGUGUCAAGACUUUCGUGCGACUUUCCUGUUUGGUACCACCGAAGUUUGGAUGAGGGCAGGCAGAAUUUUUCAGAGGGGACGCAUCCUUUUUUUUUUACCCUAUCCUUACGUCGUGUUUUACUAUCGUAUCCAUACGACAUGGGGGGAACUGUGCCAC